AUGGUUCUGGGUGUUAACUAUUAGCAAUUAAAUUAUGAUUAAAGGUUUAAAUAGUAGCGCAUCAUUCAUUCGAACUAAUUUUAUUAUGGAAAUUUUUUGUUUUAAAACUCUGAUCCUACAUCAUCCAGCAUAAACCAAUUUGCAAUCUCAGGAUGGUUUUUUAUAAGAUGUUCUAGUAUUGAUUAUUAUAAUUUUUUUUCAUUUAUACUGAAAGGAUAAUAAAUAUUGAGCGUAUCUUUUAGUUUAGGCAAUUUGAAGGUUAGAUAAACUCUUCUCUCUUCUAAUCAAGACUAAACAGUUAAUACAAUUGCUUUCAAUAGUUGGUUUUUGAUUAAAUCAUAAAUAAGUGUAUAGAAUAAUUAAGUUAUUGCAUAAACAUCUGUUCAUAGUUAUGGGAAUUUAUUUCUGGCUAAUAUAGCUCCGGCACCACAAAGUUUUAAUUAAAUUUUUUCAAAAGCAGAUAUAACUCUAGAGAUAGGAAAUUCAUCUUAAUUAUCAGGAAUAUAUGAAUCUUGUGCUUAUUCUAAAAAUGUUUACACCUACUGGGAUGAAAUCAUUGAUGAUAGUAAGACUUAAAAUUAUGUAGAUGAUUUCACAGCACUACAGACCUAACUCGUAUGGAAUUUUGACUUCUUUUAUACUAAAGCUAAUCCUAAAUCUUAUUUUAAUACAGCUAAAUCAACAAAAAUAUAUUCAACUAAUUAUGAUUUAGGUGAAUCAUAAAUCUUACUUGUAAAAUCAGCCACUUAAUUCUAAACAGACUAUGUUAAUCCACUUGAUUUCGGAGGAUUAGUUAUUACAUUCCACUUUAAAUUAACUUCUCUCUCUUUCGCAAAUUUAAAAUUAUUUUAAAUUCUAAAUCAGUAGGUUUAAAUUUCUAUUUCAGUAGAUUCCUCUUAAAAUAUUUAUUUAAAUACAUAGUAAAUAUAAGGAGUAUAAUUAAAUUAAUGGAAUUAAGUUACUCUAAUUAUUAAGACUCUAAUUCUUAAUUAAGCUUUCUUAAUAGUAAAUACAUUGGAGAAUUAAACAUAAAAAGUAACUUUAAGCUAACAGUUUCUGUUUGGCUAACUUUAAUUUGGAGAUGCGUCAAAUACAUAAGACAUUUAAUUCAGUCAUAUCAGAUAUUACAAAGGAACUUUUCUUACUUCUAAUAAAGGAAAUUGUUUAUUGUAAGAUUCUAGAAACACUGUUUCUUGCAUUAUAUGUCAAUCUGGUUUCUUUAUCAACUACCAAAGUAAUUUAACUUGCUCAUCUUAAGCACUGCCAAGCAUUAAUGUCGAUAAGGAUAAUAUAAUUGAUUGGAAUAAAAAUUUUCAAAAUUGCCCUCAAGGUAUGGUGUAUGAUCAGACUACAUUUGAAUGCAGCUGUUUAAAUUAAUUUUACAUGAAAAACGAUAACACCUGCGCAAAAUGCCCAAGUUAUUGUAAUGGGUGUACAAACUAAUCUACUUGCAUAUAGCAAGAUCCAUAAAGAUUAGCAAAUGGGAUAUGCCAGUAAGGUUAUUUUGACGAUGGAUAUUCUUGUAUUAAUCAAAAGCUAACUAUUUUCAGCUUAACAAAUAAUAUAGUGAAAAUAUUCAAAACACCUAAUUUAAAGCCUAUUUGUUCACAGUCUAUAAGUCCCAUAGACUAUACAUUAACAGAGAGUGUUCUUAAUUUAUCUAAAUAAAAUUCAUACUCAUUCUUAUUUAGUUUUUCUUAUAAUUUUUAAGAUUUUUAAGAUAACUAUUCCUUCGCUGUUUUUUCAGAUGGAGCUAAUGAAAUAUUUACUUUUUCUGUUAGCUAAACUCCAAACUAUUAAUUCAUAAAUCUUGAAGUAUAAGGAUAAAUAGUAUAUAAAACUGCUAUCCUAACAAGCUAAGUAGUUUGGAUUGCAUUUUGGACAAACUUAAAAUCAAUAACUUUAUUAAUAUAAUCAUAUUCAUAGUUUUUUCAUACUUCAGUUAAUACCAACCUUAAUAUGAUAUUAAAUAAUCCUUAGUUUUGUGUAGGACCUUGUAAAUCUAAAUACCAUACUGCUGGGUAUUUGUGUGGGGAUCUUGAACAUAGACCUUUAAUAUUCAUAUAAAAUAUAACUGAUCCAAUUUAUGAUUUGACAACUUUAUAAAUGUUUCUGUCUAAUCCUACAGUAAAUGUUGCUUUAUUUAAAGUAGGAUUAUUCUCUGAUUUAACACAAAUUUACAAAAAUUAAUUGACAUAAAAUCCUUCAUUAAUUUUAGAUUUUUAAACCACUCCUGUAGAGAUAAAUAGACUAAAAGGUUUUGGUUUUAUUAAAUAAGUCAAAGCAGUUGUUUAAAAUAUAAACAUUUAAGGUUAUUAUUGGAUUUCAUUUUAUUGCUCUAUACUACCUGUCACUAUUAAUUCUUAAGUGUCACUUUUAUCUUAUCCAUUGCAUGGAGGAAAUGUUGAAUAUUUUCUUGUUCCUCAUGGACAAAAAAUAUUGAUAAGAAUUUGCUAUAUAACUUAAUGCAUCGAUUCUAAAUAUUCGAUGUUAAAUUUGUAAGAAAGUAAUAAUUUAUUUAUUUUAAUGAGACACCAAAGUCCUUUCUCUGGUGGUAUUCACUUUAUUGAAUUCGAUGUAAUAUGCAAUUAUCUUAGAGAAUAAAUUUAAUUUUUAAGUGUUUCAUUUACUUAAAAUAUUCCAACGAUCAGCAUUAAUAUAGGCCUUCAAACAUAAAACACAGAAGAUUUUCUAUUUUAUUUAAAUCUAAUUAAUAUAGAUAAAGGUGAUGGUUAAUAUUACUUUGAUUACAAUCCUAGUUAAAAUUGCUUUAUUUUUUAGCAAAUAGACUAAAUGAAUUGCAUUUAUUACAAAAAUAAUUUACUUUUCUACAAAAAUAAUAUGAUUACAGUUUAAGAAUGUUAAAGCUAAAAUGAUAAUCAACUGACUUUUUUUAUUCCAAAUCUCCAAACUAGAGAAUGUAUAAACACAUAAUAAACCUUUCCUGAUUGUUUAAAUGUAGACCUUGUUAAUAACAAUUUAUAAUGUAUUAAAUGUAUAAAAAAUAAUACUGAUCCAUUAAAUAAAUGUUCUUGUAUUGAAGGAUAUUACUUAGAUAGUUAAACAUAGCUCUGCCUUAAGUGUAAUCCCAUUUGCCAAACAUGCUAGGGCAAUUAAAGUAAUUGUACAAAAUGCAAAUAUUCAAAUUAGAUAACACCUUCUUGUGACUGUCUUGAACCAAAUUAUUUUUUAGAUCAAAAUCUAUCAUGCUAAAAAUGCUCAUAGUAAUGUGAAUCAUGUGCAUAUACUAAAGAUUCUUGCUUAAAAUGCUCAGUUAAUAGAAUAAAUCCCCCUUAAUGCUAUUGUGAUAAUACAAACUAUAUUGAAGUAAAUGGUGUUUGUAUGAAAAUUAUUUGUGAUAAUAAAUGUGAUAAGUGUUAAUUUGACUUAUCAUCGAACAGUAUUAUUUGUUUGAAAUGUAAAUCUGGAAGAUAAAAUCUCCCUCAAUGCACUUGCAUGAAAAACUAUGCUGAAAAUUCUGAUGGUACAUGCUCUCCUUGUCCACCUUCAUAAUUUUUAGACUAACUUACAAAUCAAUGCUAAAUUUGCUAGUUUCCUUGUUUACAGUGCAUUCACACAAAAAAUUAGUGUACAUUUUGCUAUUAAGGAUUAGAAUUAGUAAAUAACACUUGCAGUUGUGGAUAAGAUUAAGAAAUAAAGUAGAUAUCUGAAGGUUAAACCUCUCAAUUUGUCUGUAUUUAAGCUAUGAAGACAAGAUUAUCUGUAGUACUCUAAAUAACAAAUUACUUAUUAACAUUUACUUUUGACUAGAGUUUAAAAUAAAUUGAUUUCUUAAAAAAUCCUUUUUAAAAUCUUAUAUAAAUUCAGUUAUCAAACGUUCCCUAAUCUUAUUAUUCAUUUGAAAAUCCAUAAAUUAAUUAAAAUUAACUAACAUUAUAAAUGAAUGUCAAAACAAGCUUUUAAGUUAGUAGUGGCACAGCUCUCUUUUUACAAACAAAAAUAUUCGAGAGCUAAGAUAAUAGGUUUGUUCUAAGUUCAUAUUAUCUUACAAAUCCAAUUUAAUUUCAAAUUGGACCAUUCAUUUUUACUGAUUAAGUUGCUUAAAAAAACAUGGCUGCGGUGAUGAGUAAUCUGAAGACUACCUUUCCUCCUAAUUUAUAUAUUUUCUACUAAAUAUUUGGAACAUUCGUAUUCCCAGGUGUUGUUAAUUAUUAGUCAACAGAUUAUAAGCAGAGUUAUAGUUUAUUUGGUUUAAAAUUUGAUUAAUAUAAAGUAUUAUAAAGGCUAAAUGCUGAAAAUGAGGCUAAUUUACUUAUUGUAUUUGUGUCAAUUCUACACUAGUUCACUACAUUUUAACAAGAACUCUGGUCAGUUAGAUAUGGGUACUAUUUGGCUAUAACAUUUUUAGUAAUUAGCUAUAGAUAAAAAGAAUCUUUCAGCUAUAAAAAGAAACUAUUUUCUUAUUUAACUUAUAAAAAAGUACUUAGCAGUGAGCUUAUAUUUUCUGCUGUGUGGUUUCUUCAUAUUUACAUUUUAGUAAUAGAAGAUUAAUUAAAUAGGGAACAAUAAUUUGAAUAGAGUACAAUUGAAACUUAUUUAAAUAUAGGCAAUAUAGCAAUAGUGCUUCUCUUUAUUUUUAAUCUAAUUUUCUUAAUUGAUAUCUUUAUCUUCCUUUUUAAUAUUGUGAAAAACUUCUGCAAAAAAAAAUAAAACCAAAAGUUAGAGCAGAAGCAAAAAUAAAACGAAGAAAAUUAAUAUAUGGAAUUAGAAAAAAUCCUAAAAGAAAGUGUUAAAGUAAAAUAGUUUAACAAUUAUAUUCAAAAAUUAUCAAUUAAGAAAGCGUAAAGUGUUGAUGGAAAUCAAAACUAGUAGUAAUUUGUCUCUUUAAAAACAAUUAAUGUUAAAAGUUAUUUGGAAAGUCUAUGA